UGACCAUAACGAUACAGUCACUGCACAGCUGAGAGAGAUGCGAGCAAGUCAGCUGACUGUCAUAAAUCCGUGAAUAAUACACCGUUUCUGCAAGAAGACGGGGAGAUGGUUACGAACGAAUAAAUUAUCCAGCCAAUGCAGCAGAUACACGACUUGCCAUCAUAUAUUGUAUUCCUCCCAAAGCAUCGUGUUCUGUCUAAAUGUUAAUGUCAUUCUCGUCUCUAGCUAGCCAAAUAGCUAGCUAAGGCCAGGGGGAGCUGGUGUCGACGUCCAAACAGUUGCCCACAGCAGUGGGAGGAGAGGUGUGUCACCCACACCAGGGCGCCAUGACUACACCAGGCUGCUGCCACCUGCCUGGCUCCCUGUGUGACUACUCAGGCAGCGCUGCCGACCUUCCCAAGGAGGUAGAGGAGCCAGAUGCCGGCCAGGCCCAGUACGUCGCUAAGGUUACAGCCAAAGAUGGCCGCCCACUCUCCACUGUUGUCAAGGCUAUGGGCUCACAGAGUAAUGAAGGCAUGUGUCGGAUCUGCCACGAGGGGGCCGGUGGUGAGAUGCUGCUCUCCCCUUGCAGUUGCACAGGGACCCUGGGUAAGGUGCACAAGAGCUGCCUGGAGAAGUGGCUGUCCUCCUCCAACACCAGCUACUGUGAGCUCUGCCACACCGAGUUCACUGUCGAACGGCGACCCCAGCCCCUCACACAGUGGUUGCGGGACCCAGGCCCUCGCAGUGAGAAGCGCACGCUUCUGUGCGACAUGGCCUGCUUCAUGCUCAUCACGCCACUGGCGGCCAUAUCUGGCUGGCUGUGUCUGAGGGGAGCCCAGGACCACCUGACUCUCUACAGCCGGCUGGAGGCUGUGGGCCUCAUCGCCCUCACCAUUGCUCUCUUUACCAUCUACGUCCUCUGGACACUGGUAUCGUUCCGCUAUCACUGUCAGUUAUACUCGGAGUGGAGGAGGACCAAUCAGAAAGUGCGCCUGCUCAUGCCUGAAAUUAAAGGAGCGCACUCUACCCAACAUUCCGUCCCAACCAAGUCGACCAAGAAAAUGACUGACGAGACCAUUGUAUGAGCGCUGUGGUCUCACUUAAAGUGUAAUAUAUCUUGAACUUCUGCACUUGUGGACCAUUCUGGGGAUUAUUUCGCCAUAAUCUCUAUUAUUUGAAACACUUGAGCCCAGAUAUGAACUAUAACCAGUGGUUUUGGGACGUGUUGGACUCGUGGAAUGAAGUGUCACUGAUGUCAUCGCUGGAUUAUGAACACUGGCCUGGAAAAUCAGGACACAAAUGGAAGGACACAGUUAAUGUAGCAGGAUGUAACUGAUGCAGCAUGUUAAUACAGUAUAUCUGAAACAUACUACCCCCCCCUUCACAAUGUAUUUAGCUGUUUUUGGAAAACUGGCAUCCAAUAGCCCUAUGAAUUUACUCUCUCAGAACAAUGACCACGUGAACAACCAAGUCUAAAUAUGAUGUUUUCUGUUGUUAACUCUUUGCCCUUUGGAAGAAGUGGGAGAGAGAGAGAGAAGAAGGGAACAAACUGCAAUGUUUUGGAGUGGGCUUUGGAGUGUCAGUCAAUGUAUGCUAAAUCAUUUUAUGUUGCACUCCCUUGAGUAAGCUGGGUCAUUGUGCAAUAAAACAUAAGGGACUCUUGGUCUUUGCAGUCGGCACAUCUGGAAUGCAUGUGUGCUGAAUCUGAGUUACUGAUACAGGAGUAUUAGAUCGGUAAUGAUCACUUGAUGCAGUUGACUGCACCAAACAUACCACCAUCUAGUGGACAUUUAAGGGACUACACUCCUUGCAAGUGGUCCAGAAUGUAGGAGCAUACAAGUAACAUGAGAGAUCCACUCAACUACUGUAAUAUUGUAAAAUUUUAUUUUAUGGCAUUAAUAUAAUGUGAGUUGACAAGCUAUCAAAAACAAAAGUAUAUUACACAAAAUGAAGAAUGUUUGCACCACAACAUUGAGAUGACAGAAAGGGGAAGGUAAGCGUCAUCAUGGGUUACAGGUUCUGACAGCACUGCAGUUUGUUCCCUUUCUGGUCCGUGGUGGGCGGAACACUUAUGUCCACCACAUUGUUUCCAGGGGACUCGUCAUGGGCGGACCGCUCAGCGAUCUGCUUCUGCGAUACGAUGCGAUAGAUUUCUGUGGAGAGUAGACUAGACUGUUGUGGUGCAUCUCAAUACUUCAAAAGAGGAUUUUCUAGUUUACUUCAUCUUCACUAUGUCAAAGCAAUUGGCUUUCCAGACAGUCCUUUUGCUGUUAUACUGUACCUGUAAGGAUAUUCUUGAAAGCUUCCUCUACAUUUGUUGAAUCUAAGGCUGAAGUUUCAAUAAAGGAUAGAGUGUUCUUCUCUGCCGGUUUAGAGAAAGGGGGAAAGUGAGUCACAAUCAUUAUUAAACAGUUCCUGGGAGGGGAAAAAAAAACU